UCUACAGUUCAACACUCUCUGGUCCUCUUUUGAGUUGAAUCCUUAUGGGAACCUGGACUACAGAGCCUUCUUGAAGGAAUACGCUGAAUGGGAAGAUGAUGUGUUCCAGGGAGGGAUGAGAGCUGGUCCCAGGCCAAAGGUAAUAGACCUGGAUCUGUGAUGAAAGGACUAGGAACUCCUCUUGUUCCCAUGACACCCUUGAGCCGUAUGUCCUACACUCCUGCAGGUCGUAGGUCCAUGACCCCUCUGGUCAACGCAGAGAACGCGGAGCAGAGGCUGAGGAAGCAGAUCCAGAGGCACUGGCAAGAGGUCCACCGCCUCUGCAAGCUCCACGAUCUGGACAACUCGGGCGAGGUCGACGUCCAAGCUUUCCGAGAUAUCAUGACACAAUUCAACGUGACCAUAUCCUUCGAUGACUUCAAUAGACUCAUGACAAAGUUUGAUCUCAAAGAAAACGGAAAGUUUUCCUACCUUGAGUUCUUGAAGCACUUCAUGUUGAACCUGAAGAAGAUCAACGAGGAACCGGAACAAAGGUCCCUACUCAGCAGAGAGAAGAUACACCAGUCUAAGAUUGUAAUCAAACCUGGAAGCCGGAUGUCCGGUGCCAUGCUUGAGGCGAUGCUGCGAAUACGCGACACCAUCACAAACAACUGGAAGAAGAUGCGACGCACCUUCCGCCUCCUCGACCCGACAGCAGAGGGCGUCAUCACGACAAACCGGUUCCGCGACACGCUCCGUCAGUUCAGCAUCAAUCUGUCCGAGGAGGAGUUCUAUCAAUUGACGACAUACUACGAUAAAUCCCUCGAAGGCAGAGUCCCCUAUAAUGAUUUCCUUAGAGCUUUCUUGCAGUAAUAGUGAAGAACAAAAGACUGAACUCUAAAGUUUUAAUACUUUUCU